AUGGAGUAUUUGCAAAGGGAGUUCAUGCAAAUGAUGAAGAGGAACGAUUUCAAAUUCCAUCCUAGGUGCAAGAAAUUGGGAGUGGUACAUGUAUGUUUUGCAGAUGACCUGCUAAUGUUUUGCAAAGCUGAUAUUCAGUCUGUUAGACUACUAAAACAGACAUUCCAGAAGUUCUCAAAAGCAUCUGGUCUUCAAGCAAAUGCUGAAAAGAGUGCUGUCUAUAUAGCUGGAGUGUCAAAUUGGCAUAGAGAGGAAAUUCUGCAAGAGUUGGGUUUCCCUGAAGGAUGUCUCAAUGUAAUGAACUUACUAGUUUGGAACAAGGCUACUAUUGCUAAGCACCUAUGGGCAGUGGCAAAGAAGAAAGACAGCUUAUGGAUUAAAUGGUUGCACAUCUAUUACAUAAAGAAUCAUAGCAUUGAAGACAUGCCUACUCCUAGAAAUGCAGCCUGGGUAGUUAGGAAGAUCGUUGAGUUAAGGAAGAUGAUAAACGAACUUCAAGGCAUUCAAGGCAACCUGGAGAGCAGACUGAUCCAGCUACAGAGGGGUGAACUAUUCAGCAUUAAAAAACUAUACAGGCUUCAAUACCCUCACUACCAAAAAGUUCAAUGGAAGAGCAUUAUGUUGCAGGCACAUAUACAUCCAAGAUACAAGUUCAUACUAUGGCUUGCAUUACAUAGCAGAUUGGCAACAGUGGAUAGGCUUCUGAAAUUUGGCAUACAAGUUCCACAGCAAUGUAUAUUCUGCGGGCUAGCUAUUGAGACCUUUGAUCACCUUUUCUUUGAAUGCUCGCUGACAAAGGCACUAUGGAAUAGACUACUAAGAUGGCUGGGAUAUCAUAGACCCAUAUAUGACUGGCAGCAUGAGGUUGAAUGGGUAAGCAAGAAUGCAAAGAGGAGGAAUGGACUAGCAGCAAUAACCACCUGUGUGUUUGGGAUGCUGGUGAAUGCUAUAUGGAGGGAAAGAAAUAAGCAAAGAUUUCAAGGAGGGAGACUGCUCAGCAACAACAUAUGCAAAGAAAUAGCCAUCCACAUACACAUGAAGGGGACCUCAAUUCACGACUGGAAGGAAGCCUUGUUGAGUUUAAAUUCUUACCCUUAG